AUGGAUGGCAAAAUUAGUAUCAGAUACAAAGUUGACCUGGAGCGCAUGCUGCUUAAUGGAAGUGCACAGCCAACACACAUGCAGUUAUCGCUUUUAGAAGAUAUCACAGACUGUUUCUCCGAUGAUCAGCAAAUUGGUAGCAGUGGGUUUGCGGUGGUUUAUAAGGGAAUAGUGGGAAAACGAAUGGUUGCUGUGAAGAAGUUGUCCCAAACACUUGAUAUGCAUGAGAAUAAAUUUCACAAAGAGGUUGAGUGCCUGAUGAAGGCCAAGCACAAGAAUAUAGUGCGGUUCCUAGGAUAUUGUUCUGACACGCAAGGGAGGAUUGCGGAUUAUGAGGGUAAGUUUGUGAUGGCAGAUCUGCGGAACUGGUUACUAUGUUUCGAGUAUGUACCAAAUGGAAGUCUCGAUAAGUAUAUUACAGGUAUCCCAUAUGUUUGUUGA